CAAAGCCGGCACGCGGCUGGCUUCUAUACACAAAAGCGUUUAGAGGAACAAAGGAGGCGGUACCAGCGUGCACGUUGAUUGGUUGAGGCUGCAUUUGAAUAUUGUUUAAAUACCCUGGGUUUUAAAUCUUGCUCGGAAGUUUUUGCUGACACUCCCCCUCAUGAUUCAGUGGAGACGGUUAUACGUCUUAAAGAUUCUCAUUUCUCUUGGAAACAGAUGGUUGUGUUAUGAAAUAAGAUAAACCUGUGAAUUUCUGACUGCCAUAUGCCAGUGUGCUUCUUCUCGGAAAGAUCGAUGUGUCUAAUGAUCAACCUAUAACAAAGAACUGAUAGAAGUACCGUGCUUGAUUUGAUUUGCUGUCAUUCCUAUACGAAUCAUUCAGAACUAUCUUCCGCCGCUGUUCUAGCUUGCUGCAGGUGGUAACAGCAGAAUCUUGCAUCUUAUAGGACAAGUUGAUCGUACAAAAUGCCCAGAGGAUUUCUUGUGAAACGCAAUAAAAAGACAUCGCUUGUGUCCUACCGAUCGCGGUCAUCGGAUGACGAACACGACGACUUUUUAUCGGAGAAAGUAGGUUUGUCGCAGCAACAUUCGCCCUAUAAGCCAUUUCAUUCUCCGGAUUCCGGCUACGGCCAAAGUCCAAUAACGAUCCCAAGUGCUGAAUAUGGAGCGUUUGUAUUUGAAACGGAAUCGGUUCAGAGUAUACCUAGCCCUACGCCAUCGGUCCGAUCACUACCAUCACCAGUAUCGUCAAGAAAUUCCCCUGUUACUAAUUUGCCGAGCCUAGCGUUAUCUGCUGUGUCUGCACCAUCGACACCUAAACAACAGGCAGCAACAAGUUUGCAGGGGAGUCCAGUUCAGUCGCUGAAAAGGCCGUUUACAGACACCAUGGUCAAAUCGCCACCAAAAGCAAAGAAGUCUAAGUACAAGGCGGCACGAAAGUUGAAUUUUAGUGAGCAAAACAAUUCACCUGUAAACGGGACGAUUAUUAUGGCGGAUGAGGACGUGCAAGAUGAUGCAAACCAAAAUACCAAAGACGCUAAAAAGACCAGCAAUGCAGGUGAUAUAGUCUGCCAGUUGUGCAGGGGGAGUUUUAAUGAUCCCCUAUCGCUUGCUCAGCACAAAUGUUCAAGAAUUGUACAUGUUGAAUACCGGUGUCCCGAAUGCGACAAGGUUUUUAAUUGUCCCGCAAACUUAGCCUCACAUCGGAGGUGGCACAAACCGAGACCCCAAACCGUCUCCCGUCAAACAAACUCAUCGCAUAGAAUUCUACCAGCUGGCAUGAAAACAAACUCAAAACUCUUACAUAUUGACGGAAACAUGAGCCCGAGAAAGGCAACAUCACCGUUGUCGGACACUACAAGUUUAAGCGACCGCAGUACUCCAAGCCCUAGAUCGCCCGUCGAAGGUCCAGAUGAGCGGACGUACGAAUGCGAAUUAUGUGGGAAGAGGUUCCGUCGUCAGGGGUACUUACGAAAACACAUGCAACAGCACGGCGAGUCGCAUAAUCAUCCAUGUCAGUAUUGUGGCCGCGUUUUCGAUAGCUUGACUUCCAGAGAAAAACAUUUGCUCACGCACUUGUCAUCACCCCAAGAAGUUGUCUGUAAUAUUUGCGGUGGUGUAUUUUUUGAUAAGUUAGCGUUACAACAGCACGCAAAAAUGCACGAAACUCGAGAUACGUACAACUGUAAGUAUUGUAUCAAUUCGUUUCCGUCCCCCAAUGGACUCACUCACCACUUGAACAAAUGCCAUUCUGUUGACAAUCGAAACGUUCUCCUUCUACACGUUCCCCGUAUGGGACAAGAAAUCGAACGCAGUAUGAUUUCUGCAUAAACAUAUUAUAUUAAAAUGUAAAAAGAAUAAUUUUAAUAUAUUAUAUACAUUUUAAUGUUUUUACACUUUUCCUAUUUCCAUACAAUAAUUAUCACAUAAGCCUUAUCUAAAUACUUCAGAUAUAUUUGUAAGGAAACAACUUUUUAAAGACUCCUAAAGAUAAUGUUUUCUGAUGGUGGUUGUAAAGAUAUUAAAUCAAGUUUUGAGAAAAAGAGACACCGUCCCCAGUAGAUUUAUACUUCAUUUACCAUAUUUAGGUUAAUGCGAAUUAUCCCACUUUGAUUGAACGUUUCCGCUUCUAAAACGAUUUAGAUACUUUAGGCCUCCUAUUCUAAUGUUCGAAUAUGAAAGAUGUAAAUACCGUAUCAAUUAUAUUAGCUGCGGGGGAUUAUUGGUACGGGAAAACUAUUUCCGCGUACUGAUAUUGGGGGG